AUGAUGCGGAGCCUCAGACCUGCGGCCAUGGCUCUUGCCGCGGUCGCUGUGGUCGUGAUUGUGAGCCGUCUGCCGGGGGCGGCCGGCCAGGGGUCGCGGAGCACGAGCGUCUUCCGGCUGGGGGCGGUGCUGAGCAGCGUGAACGAGACCCGGACGAUGCAGGACGCGCGCAAGGGGUACGAGAUGUUCGCGGCCACGAUGAACGCGUCGGCCGGCGGGAGGGGCCUGCGGGUGGGGGGGCGGGACGGCGAGCUGUAUUUCAAGUUCCGGCUCACGUCCCUGGACGACCACAACGACGCAGCCAGCCACAGCGCGCUGGUGGAGCGGCUGCUGACGGAGGACGACGUGCACUUCAUGCUGGGCUCGCACCCCAAGUUCGCGAUCCAGGAGUCGGACAUGGCCAACGCCACGGGCAAGAUCCUGUACCACUGCUGCGUGGGCCCGGAUGAGGUCUACAAGGCCGGCUUCCGAAACGUCUUCGGCGUCACCGUCACCAACCGGCGCUACACUGAGCUGAUGGUCUCCAGCAUCAACCUGAACGCCAUCGACCGCGUGGCGAUCGUGCGCCAGGCGGACAACAUCUUCACCAACACCACCUGCGGCGCGGCGGUGGAUUUCCUGUCCCGCUUCCACCAGACGGUGGACGUGCGCAACGAGGAGGACGGCGGGAACCGGACCCGAGUGCCGUUGCUCACGCCGGUGAUCAACUACACGCAGAGCGAGGUGGAGGGGCAGCCGGACUGGUUCAGGCAGUACGUGGAGGACCUGCGGGCCAGCCGCGCCGAGGCCGUGAUCGCCUGCGCGCUGCUGCCGGAGGGCAGGCGGCUCUUCGACGCGCUUCACGAGGCCAGGUACCCUUUGAAGUCGUUUUUCAUCACCUCUGGACCAACCAGGGAAGACUGGGUGGCAGAUCUGGACCCCACAGCUGCGGACAGCUUGCUCAGUGCAGCUCAGUGGUCCACCGAAGUGCAGUAUGAAGACAGCUUCUUUGGCAAGACCCGGGAAUACUCAGCCAAUUUCACGGAGAUGUUUGGCUCCGCCCCUUCAGCGCUGGCCGCUGGGGCGUCUGCUGUGGGCUACACCCUCUCGGAAGCCAUCAAGAGCGCCUUCAGGACCUGUGACAUCAUGGCCUCAGAAGGAGAUGCAGAUCGGCUGCUGUUCAAUGCGUCCAUGAAGUGCGAGGACCAGCGCAACAUCACAGGAUAUGAGAGGGUUCGACUGUCUCUGAAGGCCCUGAACAUGGACACCUUCUUUGGGAAGGUUAGGUUUGACGAGUACCAGAGGAACAUAGGAAUGGACCCUGUGACAACUCAGAUCCAGGUGAACGGCACUGGCUACAAGCACAUCGUGGCUGUGCUGCCUGUUGAGGCGGCCAGUGCCAGCUUGGUUAUGCCCGCAGAAAAUGCCUACAGGAACACCUGCAUCGCCGGGCAGUUCCUGUCACAACAGCCUGAGCAUUUUUUCGACCCAUGUCAGAGGUGCGAGCGCGGGCAGGUCACCUACCAAGAAGACGAGCCUUCGUGCCGUUCAUGCCCACCCUACCAUUACUGGGAGAAUGAGACGAGCUGCGUUGUGUGCCCGGAAACCACAGAGCUGAGCGAGGCAGUCACAGGGGGCAUUGGCAUCGAGUCUUGUGUGUGCAAGGAGCAUUACUACCACCGUGAGGUCAACAACAGUGGAGAGGAGUGCCUGAAGUGCCCAGAUGGGGCUGUUUGUGGCGAGGGCAUCGAGGGGGGCGUGCGGGGGGGGAUUUGUCCAGAAGCAGGCUUCUGGAUUGAGGUCGACACGAAGCAGGUGUACGAAUGUGAGGAUCCUGGCAACUGCCUGGGGGGAUGCAACCUGACGGGACAAUGCAGAACAGGUCACAGCGGAAGGCUGUGCUCUGACUGUGAGGAAGGCUACUACAACUUUGUGGGACAGUGCUAUAGCUGCCUGCCCUCACCAGUGUUCAUCUCCAUGGUAGUGGCCCUGCUGGUCGCAUGGUACAUCCUCAACGUGGUUGUUUCCAGCAACGUGGCCUCCCUUGACAUGCUCUUGUCCUGGGCCCAGCUUGCUAACAUCAUCGGCGAGGUGGACCUCAACUGGCCCGAGACCCUGAGCUUCAUGUUCAACGUCGCCAACAUUCUGGACUUUGACGUGGACAUUCUGUCACCCAGUUGCCUGCUGACGUGGAGCUACAAGCAGAACUUCAUA